AUGGAGGCAUCCUCUGUGCUUCCCGGUAAGGGGUGUGCCCCCUGGCAGAGGCUCCUGCUCACAGCCUCCCUUUUAGCCUGCUGGCACCUGCUCACCACUGCUGAAGUCACCAUUGAAUUAGUGCCGCCCCACGCGGUUGAAGGAGAAAAUGUUGUGUUCCUUGUUCACAAUCUGCCAGAGAAGGCUGUAGGACUCGUCUGGUUCAAAGGAAGAACAAACAGGAGCCUUGGAAUUGCAGUGUACUCUCUGACCACUAAAGUGGGUGUGGAGGGGCCUCUCUACAGUGGGAGAGAGAGGGUGUACAGCAACGGAUCUCUGCAGAUUGACAAUGUCACCCGGGGGGACACGGGAUACUACACCCUCCAAACCUUCAAUAGACAAUCUGAAACCGAGUCAAUAGUGUCUACGUACCUCCACGUGAACACCUUCCUUUGGAACUGCGGGCGCCUUGCCACCUCUGCCCAGCCCACUAUCGAGUCACUGCCAACCAUCGUUCCUGAAGGGGAACAGGUUGUUCUGCGUGUUCACAAUCUCCCAGAGAACAUUCACAGCUUUGUGUGGUUCAAAGGAAUGACUGUGUUCAAGGACCUUGAGAUUGGCCGAUACAUACUAGCCAGGAAAUCAGCUGUGUUGGGGCCUGCAUACAGUGGUAGAGAGAAAUUAUUCAGCGAUGGAUCCCUAUUAUUCCAAGGUGUCACUCAAAAGGAUGCUGGAUUGUACACCCUACGAGUUCUUGGUACAGAUAUGAAAAGUGAAGAAGCGCAUGUAGAAAUCCAGGUGGACACCUCUCUUUUUAAGUGCUGUAACCCUCUCACCUCUUCCCAAGUCUUGAUUGUACCAGUGCCACAGUAUGCUGCUGAAGGAGAAAGUGUUGUUCUGCUUGUUCAUAAUCUGCCAAAAGACGUUCAAGCCUUUUCCUGGUAUAAAUCAAUGUAUAGGUUGCAGUCCUUUAAAAUCGUAGAACACAACAGCCUCCGGAAUACCACCACCUGGGGGGAUAAAUACAGUGGACGAGAGAUGGUGGAUACCAGCGGAUCCCUGCUGCUCCAGGACGUCACCCAAAGUGAUGCAAGGAUGUACACGCUAGAAAUUGUAAACAAAGAUUCCAAAGUUAAAAGAGCACAUGUUCAAUUUUAUGUGAACAAGCCUGUGACACAGCCUGUCGUGCAAAUCACUGACAUUGUAGACAGAGCACACAGAUCUGUGAUGUUCACCUGUGUGUCACCUGACAUUGGAACCUCCAUCAGUUGGUUCUUCAAUAACCAGCAUCUGGAGCUCACAGAAAGGACAACACUGUCCCCAACAAAAUGCGGACUCAGAAUAGAUCAUGUCACGUCAGAGGAUGCAGGGGAGUAUCGGUGCUUUGUCACCAACCGACUAGGUGCAAAGCUCAGUUACCCAGUCAGGUGGCCGUGA